UGAUAAGUAAUUGGUGAACCCGCAAAUUAUAUGGAAUAAUUCAAUGGCUUGCUUGGAUGUACCGGAUCCAUUGAUUUGUCAGGCAGUGUUUCACGUCACCUGUCAGUGCAUUGAUUAUUCGAACCUGCCUGAAUUGACUUGACUUUAUUCCCUUUCUUCCUUACAAACAACAACACGCGACUGCGGCAACUCGGCCGCUCGCUUAUUUGUUCACAAACACAAUCAACGGCCAUCUGUUUGCACUCACUUGCUCCACCUGAUAGCCUCUACCAUCGAUACUCACUGACUGGGCUCUUAACGGGCCAAACCACUACUUCGGCAAUGGCGCAACGGUCGCGCACGGCGGGGACGACGGCGGACCCUCGCGACCCGCUACUGCCGCCUCCGUCCCCCGCUCCAGGUCCGGCCGCACCACCAUCCACCUCCUCCGAGCCCACAGACACCAAUACCGAUCUCCCCCUCACGCCAUCCUCCUCCUCUCCCUCUUCUUCUUCUUCUUCUUCUUCUUCUCCUUCUUCUCCUUCUUCGUCAGACUCUUCCCUCCACCCACACUCCCCACCCCGCCCCCUCAUCGAAGGCAAAUCCUUCACUGCCCGGGGCGUCCUCGUCGGCCUGGGCGUCGGCCUCAUCAUCUGUUUCUCCAACAUGUACUUUGGCUUACAGACGGGAUGGGUCAGCAUCAUGAGCAUGCCGGCCUCUUUGAUGGGGUUUGGCGUUUUUCGCCUUUUGACGCAACGCCUCAAGUUCCCGUUUAGUCCGGUGGAAAACGUGCUGGUGCAGACGGUGGCCGGGUCGAUGGCCAUCAUGCCGCUGGGCUGCGGGUUUGUCGGGGUGAUACCGGCGAUGCAGUUCUUGCUGAGGGACGACGAAGGCGGGGGGCCAGGACUGGAUCUGGGAUUGGGGAAACUGGUGGUUUGGGGGUUGGGAUUGUGCUACUUUGGCGUGGUGUUUGGGGUCCCCCUCAGGAAGCAGGUGAUUAUUCGCGAGCAACUCAAGUUCCCUAGUGGCUUUAGUACGGCCGUGUUGAUAUCGGUGUUGCAUGGCAAGACGAGGCAGAGGGCGAGCGAGAGCGAGAGGCAUGAGGAUCCGGCGACUUUUGCGAGUCUGGCGGCACAGGAGGAGUCGGGCAGUGCUGUUGUCCCGGGGUUGGAUGACGACAACAACGGCAACCACCACAACUUGGAGGGAGAGGAGGGGGGAGAAGCUCCGGCGGAACCUCACUCGGCUUCUUGGAAACGGAAUCUCAACCUUUUGCUGGUCUGCUUCCUUGUCUCGGGCAUCUUUACUUUGUCGACGUACUUCAUCCCGGCGCUCAGGUCGAUUCCCGUCUUCGGCAGUUACCUCGCCACGACGUGGUUGUGGACGCUGAAUCCCAGCUUGGCAUAUGUCGGACAGGGCAUCAUCAUGGGUCCCGCCACGACGCUGCACAUGCUUUUGGGGGCGGUGAUCGGAUGGGGCAUACUCUCGCCGCUGGCGAAGAAUCGGGGCUGGGCGCCGGGCGAUGUGGAUGACUGGGAGAAGGGGAGUAAAGGGUGGAUUGUGUGGGUGAGCUUGGCCAUCAUGCUGGCUGAUUCCGUCGUCAGUUUGGGAUGGCUGGCUGGGCGGUCGCUGGUGAGAGUUCAGGGUGUGAGGAAAGCGGUUGGAUGGGUACUGGUCCAGGGACGGGGCAUUGUUCAAAAAGUGAAGGAAACUUUGGGCUGGGCCGAUAAGACGAGGAGCCCAGUGGCGAGAUCAGGUUAUAGGGCCAUCAACACCAAUGAUGCGGCGAGGGGAGGAUUGACAAGACCAAGACUGGGGAGACGACUCUCCGAUAUCAGCGAGGCUUCGAACUCCGAAGAUGAUGAGGAUGCGUACACCCACCUCAACAGCGGGUUGAGACAACGACACUCUUCAAGGUUGAACCGCAUUCAGGAGGAUCUCGGAGAGGAAAAGGAGGAGGAAUUCGACGACGCUCCGCCUGACCAGCAAGUCGGCGACAAGACCGUCGCCGUUGGGCUGGUGCUUUCAAUCAUCUUCUGCAUCGGCUGCAUCCACUUAGUGUUUGGCAACCUCGUCCCUCUCUACGCUACUGUCACGGCCGUGUUCAUGGCUCUGGUGUUGAGCAUCAUGGGCGUCCGCGCGUUGGGCGAGACUGAUUUAAACCCGGUGUCAGGCAUCAGCAAGUUGGCACAGCUAUUCUUUGCCUUCAUCAUCCCCCAGUCCAACAAGAACAGCGUGUUGAUCAAUCUAGUUGCUGGAGCUGUGUCUGAAGCUGGCGCCCUCCAAGCCGGGGACCUAAUGCAAGACCUCAAAACGGGCCACCUCCUCGGCGCCGCUCCCAAGGCCCAAUUCUACGGACAAGUGAUCGGCGCCACCGUUGGUGCCAUCGUCAGCGCCUUCAUCUACAAGCUCUACACGGUCGUUUACACUAUCCCGGGUCCCCUCUUCCAGGUUCCUACGGGAUAUGUGUGGAUCUUCACCGCUCGUUUAGUCACUGGCGAAGGGUUACCACCCAUGGCUAAGGAAUGGGCUAUCGGCUCUGCUGCGCUGUUUGCUGUCACCACUGCUGCGAGAAUCAUUCUUGUUGACAAGGUUGGUGCUGAUAAAGGAAAGAGGUGGCAGGCAUUGAUCCCAGGCGGGAUUGCGGUGGCGGUGGGUAUGUAUAAUGUGCCCAGUUUUACGAUUGCUAGGACGAUUGGGGGGUUGCUUGGGUGGUGGUGGAAGGGGGUGAUGGGGUGGCAGGAUACGCCUUUGAUUGUUUUGGCUUCGGGCUUCAUUCUCGGUGAAGGUUUCCUGAGUAUCGUGAACUUGAUCAUGCAGAGUGCUGGUGUUCCUCAUCUUUGACUUGUUGGGAGGGAGACAAGGUUGAUUUUGGUCAUUAGCAUUAGGUUCGCGGAAAUGGGGAGCAAAGAGUAUGGUCUUUAUAGCUUGCACGGGGCGUCGGUACGUUCGGUUUCCUCGUUGUAGUUGGCAAAGCGUAUUAGCAUGACAGUUUGCUGUCCUUGUUGCGUUUGAUUUGUAUCUGACUGGCCGUUAAGGAAGCACUGCCUAUCUGCCUAUACCCCUUGUGAUGGUAUUUAGUUGUAUCGAAGUUUUUGUUUGU